AUGUGCACGGAUAUCACGCCGCAUCGGCCUCCAAUGCUACGCCAUUCCCAAACCGAAGCUCCCAGACCUAAAGCUAGACGUAUAUCUUUCUCAAUAAAGCGCGACAAGCCUCUCGACAAGCCUCGCCAUCAAGGCAGGCGACCCACCCUCACCUUUGAGCCUUAUUCUUCCGACUCGAGCUGCUCCUCAGGUGAGGAUGAACCUACCCCGCCAUCGAGACAACACUCUGGGCAAGAGGGAAAGCCUCGACGCACUACUGGGCCAUUCUCACGCUUCCACAUUCAUCACGAUGAUUUCCAUACAAAAGGGCACAUUUCGAAACAGGAUGGACGACUGAAGCUCCAUAUAAAUGAGACUGUGAAUAGGGGUUAUUUCGCAAAGACACUUGGGGCCGGCUUGAAGCGACGUUUGAACAAGGAUGAAAGCGUUGAAGACGAGAAGUCAUCGGUUUCCUGGCAGGAUGAGGAGGGAAGGAAGAUAUUGCCUAAACAUGACGACAUGGAGGACCCCAGGCGUCGCGUCAAGCUCAAUAUCGUUGUCAUAGUGAUCGGAUCCAGGGGAGACAUCCAACCCUUCCUCCGCAUAGGAAAGAUUUUGAAAGAAGACUAUGGUCAUCGCGUCCGUAUCGCCACGCAUCCUGCAUUCAAAAAGUUCGUCGAAGAGGAUUCUGGCCUUGAAUUCUUUUCUGUGGGCGGCAACCCGUCGGAGCUCAUGGCAUUCAUGGUCAAGAAUCCUGGGCUAAUCCCAAGUAUCGACACGAUCAAGGAGGGCGAGGUGGGGAGGCGCCGAGCCGCAAUGUAUGAGAUGUUUCAGGGCAUGUGGAGAGCAUGCAUCAACUCCACAGAUGACGAGGGUGACUAUGCGAAUUUGAAAAUGAUGGGCCACAAGGACCCCUUCGUCGCCGACGCCAUCAUCGCCAACCCGCCGAGUUUUGCACCUCCUCACAUUGCUGAACGACUUGGGAUCCCGCUACACAUGAUGUUCACGUUUCCCUAUACACCAACUGUCCAUUUCCCACAUCCAUUGGCCAACAUCAAACCCGGCAAUGUGGACCCGAAAUACACCAACUUCAUGUCGUAUCCACUAGUAGAGAUGAUGACCUGGCAGGGGCUUGGCGACCUUAUCAAUCGCUUUCGAGCAAAGACCCUGUUCUUGAACGAAGUUUCCACGCUGUGGGCGCCUGGACAGCUCUAUCGAUUGAAAGUCCCCUAUACAUACUUGUGGUCGCCUGGGCUUGUUCCAAAACCUAAGGACUGGGGUCCCGAGAUCGACAUAUCCGGUUUCGUUUUCCUGGACCUUGCCUCAUCCUUCAAGCCGCCUGAUGACCUAAUGAAGUUCCUCGAAGCAGGCGAACCGCCUGUGUAUAUUGGAUUUGGAUCAAUCGUAGUGGAUGAUCCUGACAGGUUUACGAAGAUGAUCUUUGAAGCGGUCAAAAUGGCAGGUGUGCGCGCGCUCGUCAGCAAAGGCUGGGGAGGUCUUGGAGGAAAGGAUAUUGCCCCAGACUACAUUUUCAUGCUCGAUAAUACGCCUCACGACUGGCUGUUCCCCAGAGUCAGUGCAGUGGUCCAUCAUGGAGGCGCAGGGACAACUGCCAUUGGUCUCAAAUGCGCCAAACCCACCAUGAUCGUGCCCUUCUUUGGAGACCAGCCGUUCUGGGGAGGUAUGGUCGCCAAAGCGAAGGCGGGCGCACACGAGUGCAUUCCGUACAAGAAGUUGACGGCCGAGAAGCUGGCUGAAGGCAUCAAGCAGUGUCUAACAGAAGAAGCGCGAAAGAACGUCCAGCAGAUAGCAGACAGUAUCGCCGCCGAGGGAGACGGUGCACUGAAUGCUGUACGAUCUUUCCACCGGAGUCUACCUCUCAAGGGUGUGAACAACAUGCGCUGCCACAUUCUCCAGAAUCGAUGUGCAGCAUGGAGAUUGAAGAAUACGACCUUGCGCCUGUCUCCUUUGGCGGCCGAAUUACUGGUCGAGUGGAAAAAGGUGAAGUGGAACGAGCUGCGACUCUUGCGGAUCUUCGAGUGGAAUGAUUUUGGUGGACCUGGAGAACCCCUCACAGGGGCAUGGGGUGCAAUCAUGGGGACAGCGGAUGACAUUGUCAAAGGUGUCGGCUUGGCACCUUUAAAGAUGGCGAAGAGCGUGAAGAAGAGGAGGAGAUAUUAUACCUACCGGUUUCGAUUGAAGAAGAGGCAGAAGCAUGCGCAGGCAACCCUCGAGGCAGCGAAAGGCGAACACCCCAAAGACAACCAAUUAACGAAUGACUCUGGGACCACCACACCUCGUGGGCCCAGGCACUCUCAUUCUUUUCCGGCAAGGCCUCACCGCAAUGAGUCCAGCCUUUCCAGAGUCUCCCAACCCGAAGAAUUGCUCGCAGAAGAGCUCGCUCAGGAAGCAGGGCACGGCCUCAAGAAAGCUUUCGGCGGGAUUAUCCGAGCGCCGAUGUAUUUCACACUCGCACUCGCCCAAGGCUUCCAUAAUGUACCGCGUCUCUACGGCGAUGAGACUGUUCGAAGACCUCAUCGGAUCACCGGCUUCCACUCAGGCUUACGUGCCAGUCGUGAUGAGUUCCUUUACGGCAUCCACGAUGGCAUUACUGGGGUAUGGCGCCAACCUAUCCACGGGGCGAGGGAAGGCGGUGCCAUGGGAUUCCUGAGAGGAGUAGGCCAUGGCAUUGGCGGACUCGUGCACAAGGAUAUCGCAGCCUUCAUCGGACCGCCGGCAUACAUCAUGAAAGGCCUAGACGAGGAGCGCAAGAAGAAGUACCAACCCACCAAAUUCAUACGCCGAUCCAGGAUCCUGCAAGGUAGGAAAGAACUAGCGCGUCUGGGGCCGCCUCUGAAAGCAAAAGGUGCGAGCGAUAACAACGAAGCGGCCAGAAGGAGAAAGGAGGUUGAGAUGGAAGUGAAUAGGAGAUGGGAAGCAAUGGAAUCUCGCAUUCAGGCAGAGAAGAAACAUCAUAAAGAUGGUAUACGCGCAGUGCUGCUGGGGAGAUCGAAGGGUAAUGAUGGAAAGGCGGUGCCGCGGAAGGUGGUGAUCGCCGCUGGUGGGCAAUCGAACAGGCAAGCGAAUGGCGGACCGCACCCGAAGAAGUCGGCCACUCUUCCUAUUAAAAAGGUGGAACGUCACGACUCCGAUGGUGAAAAUAGGAAAGUCGCAAGGAGUGAUACCGCUCCUGGUGCCGCUUUUGGCUGGAAAGGAGGGAAGAGAAGGAGGAGUAAGAGGCUGUUUGAGGGGUUGCCAACGUCGGUGAGGGAGGAGGUGAAAGAGGGGGCGCUGAGGAGGGAGGAGUAA